UCAAUAGAUGAAUGCUUAAAUGAAGAAAAUAAAAUUGUUUUAAUUGGUCCUCCAGAAGAAAUUUUUGGAAUGUGUUCAUUUAUUAAAGAAGAAAAUAAUGAAACUAAUAAUUUGGAUAAUGAGAAUAAUUUUGUUGAUUUAAGAGAAGAACAUUUGAUGGAAUUUGAAGAACAAUUUCUCCGUUUUUGUGUCCAACGAAAACGCUGUCUGGCCCUAGCAGUUAAUUCAACACCCCCACCAAUUAAUAACAAUAACAACAAAAAUAAAUUAAAAAAUAAAAAUUUUUGUUUUGUUGGAUUAUUUGCUUUUGAAGAUGCUCCUUUAAAUAUUAAAUAUUUAAAUAAAUUGGAUAAAUUAAUUGAAAAUGGCCCAAAAAUUAUUUUUAUAGGAGAUGAACAUCCAGCAUUAUUAAUUGCUAAAAUAAUGGAAUUAAAUGAAAAAAGACCCCAAAAAUUAAUUAACAACAACAUAUUCAAUAAUUGCCCUUUUAUUAUUGGAAACGGAACAGCUAAAAUUGAAAAUUCUCAAAAUAAUAUGGAGAGAGGAAAUAAUGAAAAUAAUAAGUUGAUUAAUUGUUGUGUUUACUAUUAA